AUGUCGAACUCCAGCGGUAGUUUGGGCAGCUCCUCCUCUUCCGGCGGUGGCUCCUCCAGCAGCAACGACUACAUCCCCACCGCCGGCUAUGCCGUCGACACGCCCAGUUACACCGUGACCUCUGGCGGCAGCGGUGGAUCCUACUACACUUCCUCCACUACUGGCCAGUCCGGCUAUUCAGGCUCUGAGCCCCCGUCUUACUACUCUUCUUCCGGCGGCAAAGGUAGUAGGUCUUCUUCUUCAGGUGGCGGUGGUUCGUCGUAUUACUCCAAUGGCCGCUAA